AUGGCUCAAGCUUCGGUGAGGAUCAAAGUUUGGAAUUUAUACAUCACACUGCUGAGCGCGAUACUUGACUUGGGACCCGAGGAAGGAAAAGCAACGUUCGGCCAGAAAGAGUGGAAGGCUAUUUCCACCAAAGUACGCGAGGGCGAAAUCUGGGAGACGGUUGUUCAAACGGGUUAUAAAGGCCGCGAGGGCUCGGUCGAUGCCGAAGUCGUAUAUAAUUUGUCACAGCUCAACCAGCAGCGACUCGAGCACUAUCUUUCAUCAUAUGGUCAACCAAAUCUGGACAUUGCCGAGCAUUUGCAGAACUCUCCUAAUCAACAAUCUAAGGCCCGAGUUAAUGGCGGCACCGACACGCCGAGGGAUUUGACGUCUCGGGUUAGAAUAAUUGAGCUUUUUACUCUCCAUGUUCUCCCUAGGAACGAAGAGUGGGACUAUGCGAGUGAAUUCAUCAACUUUAGUGAGGUCCUUGAUGAAGAGCGAAAAGAGAUGUUUUUGCAAACUCUCGAUGGGCUUAAGGAAGAGAGGGAGCAGGGCGAACUGCGCGCUGCAGCGCUUCAGCGGGAGAAGGACGCCCAGCUAGAGAGAGAGAUACAGGAAGCGGAACGCCAAAGGGCAGAGGAAGAGGCCGCAGCGGCUCAGCACUCUCAAAAGGGACAUACCCGUGAUAACAGUGAGGUGGACUACGGCAUUGAAAAGACCAACCCGAACGGAAGUGCCAAAGGCAGAGGGAAGGGCGAGAAGCAAUCCGGUAGUAAGGCAAGUACGUCAUCCAAUCGAACUGCUUUUUCGCCCACUGGUUCGAAGAAGAGACCGGAGAAGCCUGUAUCCCGGCCCGGACAAACGCGAGCGUUGGCAAACGUACUACGCAACUUGUUGCGAUAUAUCUCGAAGACGGUCGCCGGUAACCCGAUGUCGUUCGCCCGGACGCUGUUGUUCCUGCUGGGGAUCUUUGUGGCCCUAAGCAGGCAGGGCGUUCGGGAACGUCUCCGGAGAAUAACCGAAGCUGGAUGGCAAAAAGUCAAGGGAACCGUCGGAAUGGGUGUGAAAGUAAGUUACAUUUAG